AGCCAUGAUUGUAAAUUAGCAGUUUGCUAGGCCAUUUCAGAAGCAGGAGAUAGUAUGUACUGUGUCACUGCCACCAUUCUGUCUUAGCCUUGUUCCAAGGCUCGCCUCUCCAUGCAUAACUUGACCUUUGAACCCCCUCCAGUCAUACAUUAAAACUGUGUGCGGAGAUGGAGAACCUGGGAACGAGGCUAAUUUUGUCUAGUCAUUUAGACUAUGCCAUAUCAGGCAGAGGUGAAUGUAUUGCUCCAGUACGUGAGACACUUAGCUACACCUUUCCUUACAUC